UGUUACACAAACCAAACGAUGUGCUUUUUUUUUUUGGCGGAUGAGGAAGUGAAUACGCUUUCCCGAAUGACAGUCAGAGAUUAUGUUAUUUAUUUUGGUUAAUUGUUAAAUUAAAAGCAGUGAUCUGUUUUUUUAUUUAAAAAUAUUUGCUUUUUGUAAAUAGCAUACCUUGAUUUGUUGUUGUUGCUGGCACUCUGGAUGGACCAGGUUUGACUGACUAAGCCACCGGUGAAAUGACAGAGGUGAGACAAAGGAAGGAGAAAACAAAAGAGACCCUUCCAGGGAAGGACAGUCUGGAUUGUUCCGAAACUCCACUGAAAGACAAUGGAUGUGAAAUGACAGAGGAACAGGCAUGUCAAGAAUCAGAAGAGAGUGUUCUGGCAAAGGAGAAUUUGGAUUGUCCCAGAACUCCACGGUCCAAAACUCCACAGUGUAACAGCAAAUCUGCCUUGUUUCAACGUUUGGCAAAACUGUUCUUUGGUUGCUUGGCCGCUGUCACCAGUGGUAUGAUGUAUGCUAUGUACCUCUCAACCUACCUUGAAAGGAAAUUCUGGUUUUCCAGCAGACAGGAGCUUGAACGAGAAAUAACAUUUCAGAGCGACGGCGGGGUUUACUACUAUUACUACAAGCAAAUGCUAGAAGCGCCUUCAUUCCAAAGAGGUCUUUAUGAGCUAACAUGUGACAACAGGACGAUAUCAGCACGAACCAUAAAUGUAAUUGAACAAUUAUCAUUGUAUCCAGAGCUGGUCACUAGCUUUUUAUAUCAAAUUACUGGAAGCCAGGAUGUGAUUGAGCCAAUCUAUUUCUACAUCGGUGUGGUAUUUGUACUGCAGGCUGUGCAUGUGACUGCACUGUUUGUCUCCAGCUGGAUUAUGAGUGGAACGUGGAUAGCGGGUAUGCUUUCAGUGGCGUGGUACAUUGUAAACAGGGCAGACGCAUCCAAGAUAGAAUAUGCAAUUCCUCUGAGGGACAAUUGGGCAUUGCCUUAUUUUUCCUGCCAAGUAGCUGCCUUGACUGGCUUUUUGAGGAACAAUAUAAACUCUUCCACAGAGAUCUUCUGCUAUCUCCUUGUGAGUGCCUCCACCUUCACCUUCAUGGUGAUCUGGGAGCACAGUCACUAUGUGCUGUUUGUGCAGGCCCUCGCACUCUUCCUGCUGGACAGCUUUGACAUGGUUCAGACUCGUAAGGUGAUUGAUAUAUAUAUAAUCUACCUGUGUUCUAUUGCACUGGGAUAUUUUGCACAGUUCCAGAAUACCAGCAUGCUGAGCUCCCCAUUGCUAAGCCUUGUAGCUGGUUCAGUGCUUGCAAGGUACUUACAGCAAAAUAUGAAGAAAGGCCCUGUCGUAGCCAGACUGAUGAAAAUAAUGCUGCAUUUCUAUUUGGUGUUUACGAUCGCAUUUACAUUCAGCUUUGUCGUAAAGAAAAUAUUCCCGAGUGAUAGUGGUCAUUUAUUCAAAUUACUUGAAGUCAAAUUUGGAUUUAACACCACAACAGACUUCACCACAAACCUGCUGCUUUGUCAAGAAGCUUUCCAGGUUCCAAGCCAGGAUUUAUUUUUAAGACUGACACAGGCAUCUGUGCUGCCUUUCUAUAUACUUGUAUUGCUUGUCUGUAUUGUGUCAACAGUACAGAUGAUAUACCGGAGGCUAAGCGGUGAACCAAUGGUAACAAACCCCAGGCUGGAAGAUGGGCGGAUAGGAGAGCAGCCUGAGGUCAUCUAUCAUGUAUUCCACACAAUCCUCUUCGGCUCAUUAGCAAUGGUGUUUGAGGGCCUGAAGCACCUGUGGAUUCCCUACGUCUGCAUGUUCGCAGCAUUUGGAGUCUGCUCUCCAGAGCUGUGGAUGACUGUCUUUAAGUGGCUGAGACUGAAAUCUGUUCACCCAGCAGUGCUGGCUCUUAUAUUAAGUACUGCUGUUCCCACAAUAAUAGGAUUCAGUUUAUGGAGAGAGUAUUUUCCCAGAUUAAUAAACGAGCUGUCGGAGCUCCAAGAGUUCUAUGAUCCAGACACGGUGGAACUGGUGAGCUGGAUAAAAAAACAGGUUCCUGUGGCUGCUGUGUUUGCAGGGAGCCCCCAGAUAAUGAGUGUUGUAAAACUCUGUUCAGGUUGGACAGUGACCAGUUUACCUCUUUACAAUGAUGUUGACCUUUUGAAAAGGAAUGAAAAUAUUUACCAGGUCUAUGCAAUGAAGUCUGCAGAGGAUAUUUAUAAGAUCCUCACGUCAUACAAAGCUAAUUAUGUGAUUAUAGAGGAGGCUGUCUGCAGUGAGAUGGGUCCAGCAAGAGGUUGCCGAGUAAAGGACUUGCUGGAUGUCGCUAAUGGACAUGUGGUGUAUGAUCAAGGUGACAUGUAUGCCUUCUCAAAGCAUGGAAGAUUCUGCCACGAAAUUAAAUUGAACUUGUCGCCUUACGUUAACUACUUCACCAGAGUCUUCUGGAACCGAUCCUAUCAUGUGUACAAAGUCAACACUGUCAUCUCUUUCCAGUACUAAGGGGGACUGAAGCCUUAUCUCUCUACCAGUUGGUGCUGCCUAUUAUUGUUUUUUAUGUUUUUUAAUGUUAGAAAUGUCUUGUCAACCCUAUAUUUGUGCAAAUGAAAAUCUGUCAAACAUACAUGCUAUAGACAGUGUAAAAAAUAAAUAAAAGGGUUUAUUUUUCAUUUUACUGAAUAGCCAACCUAAAUGUAGUACUUGGCUAAAGCCCCAAGAUAGAGGACUAGUCAGAUCAUAAAACACCACUAUCAAGCACACUUUCACUGACAUGUAGCUAACUUUUUUCAAGGUGGUGUAUAUUUCAAUAGAUUUCUGAAGCUCAGCAGCAGAUCUUGCAAUCAGGUCUAGUGAAUGGAUAAGUCUGCUCAAGCCGGCUUGUACUAUGAGGACACUGACUACCAUCAUUAGAUUCCUGAGAUCCAGCAGGCUGAACUGCCAGCCACUUUAAACAGCGCUGUCACUUUGCCCUCAAGUCAAAGUAUAUCAAAUCAAUCAGGUUGGGCCUUUAGGUUCCAGCUUUGAAAAAGAUAAAAGAAUGAUGCAAAGAUGAAAGAUGUGCUGCAUUUUACAUUUUGACAUUCUACUUGAGAAAGCUGGGUCAGUCCUAUUAUUGUGACAUGCUUUUUUUUUUAAUAGUUGCCCUACUGGUUCACAACAGAAAAGAUUCAAUAUUACCGAACAACCCUCUUUCAAACACUCACAAACACACACACAUACAGUUUUAAUAUUACCGAACAGCCCUCUUUCAAACACACACAAACACACACA